CAAGUUCAGUAAAUUUCUUUGGCAGCACGAAAUUGGAUAGUAGACGACUAAAACGUAAGGUGACUACAUAAUUGACGACGACAACGACAAUAACAACGUUAGCUAUUUCCGGCGCAUAAUAGCGUCCACCAAGUACUGCGCAGCACCCACUUAGCCCCAUGGAUCAGCCGCCACGAACGAGAUACGUCGAGGAUGAGGACAACCCUGGGAGGAGAAAUUGCGCUUCGUCUGGGGGACGGCCUCGAGGCGAUCUAGCGUCGAGGGCGGGUGCGGUAAAAGUCGGACCCUGCACUCAUGCUUCACGACUUGGUCGAGACCCCCCAUCACCACUCCGUUGCCCCUUAUUGAUGGGCUGGAUCAGUUUUGUGAAUAUUUGGUGUGCCUCUACUGCGUAUAGGCGGUCAGAGUCCUGGGAGAGUUCGUCGACAAGUAACAAGAUCCUGAUGGCGGUGGGUAUGAUUGGCGUCUUCAACAUGGCAUGGUUGAUCGUCGCUCUCGUGCACCGUUCAGUGCAGCAACCGAAAGGCGCGUAGGAUGGUUGGGCCAACAGGUAUUGCUACGUAUCCAUGUAUGAAUACGCAGUUGGUUCAACAGUAUGUACACAAGGUUACUUUACAAUAGUUAUUCGGUCAAUACGCUAG